GUACAAACGAGCGAGAUGCAGAAACAAUCUCAGUUCAAACGUCAAUACAGCGUCGAUCGAAUCAAAGUCUGCGUUGAAUGGUCACCAAGCAAGUAUGGUAGGAUAUUUCAUUGGCCGAAGGCUCGCUCGCGACAGUUGAGCGUAACUCAGAGGCGCGCGCGCACGUCCCGCCCCGCCAUGGUCUCCCCAGGGGUCAUCCUCGCGCUCGCCUGCGCACUCGCCGCCGCCGCCGACGACCAAACACUCAAAGAAUACAAAAACUCCAUCCUCAACAGUACCAGCAAUGUUGACAAACGGGUAAUACAGCGGUUGAGCUCGUUGAUCGAAUCGAACAAAACCAUAGACGUUGAUAACAUUGAUAAGAAGCUAGUGGCUCGAUUGAGGAGUUUAGUGAACGGGACGGUGGAAAGAGAAGUGUUAGCCAGGUUGAGGGGUGAUAAGAACUAUAACGCUUACGAUGACGGGGUGCCAGAGAGUCGGGGCAAGAUCGCUACGGUUGAGGAGUCACCGGCAUACGCCUCUUCAGUGGUGUUGGCCAGUGACCUGUUGUCGCUGACCAGCGCGGUGGCUGGGGUCCAGGAGUCGGUGUGCCGGGAACAGGGAUACCGGUUCCUGGAUGGACUGCUGCUGAACAAGCGGUGGGCGUUAAGGAUGUUCGAUGCGUCGGCCAAGUCUCCGCAGGGUCUUCUCUUCGGGUCUUCCUUCCACCUGGGCAACUUCGACGAGUGCGUGACCAUCGACGACCCCAGCGACGAGGGACUCGGGGUGGAGGGGCAGUACUGCCUCGCCACCAUCAAGUGGCCGCAAGCUGAGAAUAAGAAGGUCCGCACCGGCCGCGGGGGCUCCCUACGCUGGGCGGUGUGCGUGCCGAGCGCCUGCUCAGCCCGCGCCGUGGCCCGCUUCGUGUCUGACGUGCUGGCGUACACCGUGGGCAACACCACCACCGUGGUGGUUGGCGAGAGCGACUGCUACUCGAGGAGGCCGCUGAGUGUGACUACACUUGAUGUCGGCUAUUUAUCACUAAUCCUCCUGUUCGCGUCAAUUCUCCUACUGAGCACUACAUACGAAGCAUUCUCCCUCUACCUCGGUCUCGGCAAGCACAGCGUCACUAGAGACCUGAUCGUCUCCUUCUCCAUCAUCAACAACAUGAAGAAGAUACUGUCCACGAAGCAGAACAACAGCCUCGGGUUGGACUGCAUCGCCGGGAUCAAGACACUGGCCAUGAUCUUUAUAGUGGCUGGACAUGCGUGCUUGUUUAUUGCGACUGGACCCGUCAUGGACGCUGAGGCUUGGGAUCGGCUGGUCCGGCAUCCCGCCAAUGCGUUUAUGCUGAACAACGCUCUCCUGGUGGACACGUUCCUGAUGCUGAGCGCCUUCCUGUUCUGCCGGCUGCUGCUGAUCGAGCUGGACAAGCGUCGGGGGCGGCUCAACAUCCUGCCCAUACUCGUCUUCAGAUAUAUCCGGGUGACUCCCGCCUACAUGGUGGUGAUCCUAUUCUACAUGACGUGGCUGCCGAAGCUCGGCGAAGGCCCGCUGUGGGAGGACCGCAUGUCGCUGGAGCAGCAGCGAUGCAUGAAGUCCUGGUGGGCGAACAUCCUGUAUGUCAACAACUACGUCAAUACUGACCAGUUGUGCAUGUUCCAAUCCUGGUACCUCUCAGUGGACACCCAGCUCUUCUUCCUGGCGCCCGUGUUCAUCUACUCUCUCUGGCACUGGCGGCGGCUCGGGCCACUGCUGCUGGGGGUUGGCACCUUCUUCUCAUUGAUGGUGCCCGCUGCCAUCACGUAUCGGGAUAAGCUGGACCCUACGCUGCUGUUUUAUGCCAAAGAGUUCUCCGACAUCGUCCUGAACCCUUACUUCAAGGACGCGUACAUCAAGACGCACAUGAAGAUGACCCCAUACUUCAUGGGACUCAUCACCGCUUACGUUCUUCAUCGAAUACAAUCAGAAAACUACCAAUUUUCCAAGACCUUGAAAGCGUUCGCGUGGACCACCAGCCUGAUCCUGGGCACAGUGACCACCUUCUCAGUCUCCGUGUUCUACCAGCCCUGGUACCAGCCGAGCACGGUGGAGGCGGCGGCCUACAUCUCUCUGCACAAGCUGGCCUGGGGCAUCGCUAAUGGGUGGCUGAUCAUCGCCUGUGCUACUGGGAAUGGAGGUAUAUUCGGCAAGCUACUGACAUACAAGUUCUGGGUUCCUCUGUCGAGACUGACGUACUGCGCGUAUCUCGUGAACGGGAUCGUAGAGUUGUACUACGUGGGGCAGCUGAGGCACCCGCUUCAUAUCACCUUCUUUACUGUGGCCGCCAACGCCACGGCGCACAUCACGCUGACCUUCUUCCUUGCCUUACUGCUGUGUCUCACGUUCGAGUCACCCAUACACGGAAUCGAAAAGAUUCUACUUCGGAUUUUUGCUCGACCAGUGCUGAGUGACAACGCAAGAAAAACUGAAGAGUCGGAGUCUUCACCAAGCUCUAGUCAGACGAAAUUAGAAUCUACUUCAUAGCGAUAACGUGGAAUAGAGACUAAAUUUCUGUGAAAUGAAUGUAUAUAAAUAGUUCAGUAUCUUUGACGUUGAUUAAAGGAACAGUUUAAAGUCUUGUAGUUGGUAAAAUGUACAUAAAAUCGAAUUAGGAACUAGAAUAGUGCGUGAAAGAGUGUAAAUGUGUUACAUAGUUGUAAAUAUUAUUGUGUAUUUUGUACUUUUUUAAGACUGUGUAUUCUUAUUAAGUUGUUAUAGCUUUACAUUUUUGUAGUGGUAGUAGGUUGAUAAUUAAUAAGUGCUUUAAAAUAAUAAAUUUUAAAAUCUCUUAUUGUACAAAUAUAUUUUCAUUGCUA